GAAAGAGAGAGAAGCUUUUAAAAUAUUUGAAGAAAUCCACAAGAUUAAAGGGCUAUUUUCGUUGAACGCAAUAAACCUGUCUUCCUCGUUUGUAAUUGCCAAUAAUUUCAAUAAUGGAUGCCGUAUUGGUAUAUUUUAGAAGAGAUAUUCUGAAUUUUCGAGGUGAUGAGAGAUUUUUCAACGUUUGUGUAUCUAAAUGUUGCGAAAAUAGCGAUAAAGAUAUGUUUUUUGAUCAAUUUGAAGAAUUUGUUGAAAGAAAAAUAUUAUCUUUAACUUGUUACGUCUUUCUGGAAAUUUUAGAAAAAUUAGGGAAAGGUCCUGCCGAAAGAUUAUUCUUAAAAAUUGGAAAUCUCUGGGAAGAAAUGAAAAAAGAAAUGAAAAGUUAUAAAACGGAUAAAUAUGGAGUAGUUAAACCACUUUUAUCUUCAAAGUACAGGAGGUUGAAAGAUGUGUUUACACCAAUCAAUAUUUCUAAGGCUCUGCGGGAAAAUUCAAAUAGAGAAGACUAUAGAAACAUUCUAUUAAAAUUAACAGAAUUCGAAAAAUACGAAUUUGAAAGAUAUAACAUCACAUCAAAACAACAACCGGAUUCGAAUUUAAGUAUUUUAAUACAAGGAGAAACUGGUAUUGGCAAAACAUUCUUAUUCAAGCAUUUUCAAUAUUUAUGGGCAACAGAGAAAGAUUUUUAUAAUAAUUUUCUCUUUUUCUCUUUAAAUUUAGAAGAUGUGCAAGAAAAUCAAACUUUUCUACAAGCCAUUUUGGAUCAAAAUUUCAAAAAAAAAAAAACUUCAAUAACAGCAAGUCUUCUUGAAUAUUUCCUUUUUGAAUGUCGAAUUUAUAAAAAUUGUAUACCCGUUUUGUUUAUUGACUAUUCUGUAAACGAAAGCGAAUUUCAAAGGAAAAAGAGAAUAUUUGAACAUUUAGAGAAUAUUGUUAGAGGAGAGGUUUCAUCAUUCAGAUAUCCUCUGUUUGUUUGGAUGAAGAAGAAUAAUCAAAGUAGAAAUCUCCUAAAAAUUUACAAUAAUGUGUAUACAAUAACUGGAUUUAAUGAGAUAAACUACAAAGAAUUCUUCCAAAAUCACUUCAAAAAUUUUAAAAAAACUUAUAAACUUAUAAAAUGGCUACGAAUGAAAAAUGAUCUACACAGAGCUUGUUCGUCUCCAUUUAUGGCUUAUAUCACUGCAGUAACUUUUGAAAGAAUAUCAGAUUUUUCCCAAAUUAAUGAAUUUAAUAUUUUCAAAUACUUUGUAAAGAAUUUAUCCAAGAAAUUCAACAUAAAAUCAAAUAGAAUUAUUGAACAAUUGUCAAAGGCUUCAUUCACUAAAAUUAUCCUAAAAAAAUCAAUCAAAGUAACAAAUGAUUACGAAAUUGCACUAAAAAUGGGUCUGAUUGUUGAGGAAUUAGAUCAAAAUUUAAAAUUUGUUAAUUCCUUAUUUGAAGAUUAUUUUUUAGCAGAAUAUAUUCUGACAUAUUUUCAAAGAACGAAAAAUGGAGAUUUAAAUAAAGAUUCCCAACCUCAUUUUAAUAAAAAUGCUAUUGAACUUGGUGAUUUAAUCAGGAAAAAUAUUAAUCCAUCAAAAAUUUUAAGAGUUUUUAAAAUUCUUCAACAUUUAGAUUCUCAAGUUUUUUUUAUAUUUAUAUCACAAAAUUUAGAUAUUUUAGAAUUGAUGGAAAUUUUAAACGAUACUCAACAAAAACUUGUCAAGGGAAAAAUGAGAACUUUUCAUCAAAAUGGCGGCUCAUUAUUGACAACUGCUUGGAAGAUUAUUGCUUCAACUUUAAGGAUACAAAUUACAAAAUUAUCGCUAAAGAAUGUAAAAUUCAAUUUUCAAGAUAUUUUUCAAAUUGCAAAAUCAUCAAUUAAAAAUUGUCUUCAAGAAAUGUGUAUUGAUAAUGGAGUACACUGUCAAUUAUCAUUUUCCAUUAUUCCCGAGAUAUUAUUCACUUUUAACAGGAUCAAUAAACUUUGCCUCAAAAAUAUGAAUUUUAGCAAAAACAAUGAACAGUUUGAAAAUUACUAUCAGAAAUUGGAGGACCAUAAGUCUUUGGAAAAACUGGAAUUAGAAGAUUGCUGUAUAACAUUUACAUCUGAAAAUAUUGUCUUUUUUAAAUAUCUUAAGAAUAUUAUCAAAUUAAACUUAUCUUAUAGCAAAUUCUCUGCUGGCAGUGUUGCAGUCUUCUGCAACUGUUUAAAAGAUCUUGGAUGUUUGAAAAAAAUUAAUCUAUCUCAUUGCCAGUUUUCAGUGAAUGAAUGCAUAUAUCUGGAAGAAUAUUUCGGGCAAAGUUAUCUUUUAGAGAAAGUAGACUUUUCUGGCAAUUCGCCAGAUAUAGUUCUGCCUGUUUUAAAAACAAUUUUGGGAAAAUUAAGAAAGAUAAACUCCCUUUGUAUAAAUGAUUGUCAUUUGUCAUUGAAAGAAGAUAUUUUCAAACAUUUCCUUUAUUCUCACAGAAAUAUUGAACAAUGUAAAUUGAAUAAGAUAUGCAUUGAAGAUGAUAGCAAAUUAUCAUUUUUCAAAGGCCUAUUUACAAAAAACAAAUUAAAAAGUGUUGCUCUACCAGUUGUUCAAUUGAAUGACGAUGAAUUUGGAAAAGUUUUUGAAACGCUUAACUGGAAUAUAAAGAAGGGUUUAAUUAAAAAUCUGGAAUUUGGAAUGAACUCUAAUGCCGUAGCAAUUCAUAAGAUUUUAGAUGAUAUCAAAAAAGAUAGACUUUCAUCUAUCAAAUUAGAUAAGGUUGUUAAUGAUUUUGGUUGUCAAAUUGAUAAAUUACCAGAAAUAUUUGGCAGUUGUAAAAAGUUAAGAAAUAUUAUAAUCAAUAAUAUCAAUUUAAGGGAGAAAACAGUUAGAAACUUGUUGAGUUAUAUCAAUUCAAAUAGUCAGAAGGAUUUUUCUAUUACAUUACGCAAUUGUGACCUUAAAAGUCAAUUAUUUCCAAAGAAGUUUAUCAAUAUUGAAAGUUUAGACUAUUCAAACAAUGAUUUGAGUGAAAUUAGUCUAAAAGAUAUAUCCUUUUCCUCGACUUGUCUGAAAGAUUUGAUAUUGUCUUCUUGCAAAUUGAAAGAUGAUUUUCUAAUAGAAUUUAAGCAAAUUCUUGAUAACCUAUUGCACCUAAAAGUAUUGGAUUUAUCUAACAACACUUUUAAAUAUUCUGCUAUUGUUGGUCUUCUGGAAAAACUGCACAGAUCAACUGCAAAACCAAUUGAAUUAUAUUUGUACGGAAAUAAAUUAGAAUCUAAACACUUGCUGGAGAUAUCUUGUAUUCUUUGCGAAUUAGAUUCUCUUUCGAAAUUCAAUUCCAAUUUUAAUGAAUACUAUUUAAACGAUUGGAAUGAUGUUGAUCCAAAACAGUUUAUAAACAGCAAAGAAUUUAAUCUGGAAAAAGCUAAAACUCUUAUUAAUUCUGUUCUAUUAAUGUUGAAUCAGUCGGCGUCUAUUGAAAAUGCAGAAAUUCCAUUUAAAAAAUUAUUUGAAAUUAUGAAAAUCAGUUGUACGAACUUUGAAGAUGUUGAUCUUGAAAUAUAUUUGACAAAUAGUAAAAAAUUCCAUAUAUGUAAAGAAGCUUUGAAAAUGUUAUCAUCAAUUCAAACUGUUCAACUUUGCAAUACGGAAAUGAGUGAUCAGAACAAGAAUGAUAUUUUUAGUCUACUUUCAACUGACUGCAAAACUUUAACAUGUCUGAAACUCGUCAAUUGCGGAUUGAGUAGCAUUCACGGAAGUUUGUUGAGUAAAGCCAUAGGAGAACAAAAGAACCUUUGCCAAUUGAUUCUAUCAGAAAAUAAUCUAGGAUCAGAAACCGGAAAUGCACUACUAAAAAAUGUAUCUAAAAAUAUUAAAAAAUUAAAAAACUUGAACAUAAGUUCGUGUAAUAUGAACGAAACUAUUGGCGAAAAUUUAAAAAUCGCGUUAGAAGAAUUAUCUCACCUGGAAUAUUUUAAUAUUUCAAAUAAUGAAAUUAGAAAUAAAGUUGGAAAAAUAAUUUUUGCAACAAUUUCCAAAAAAAUGCAAAAUUUAAAAAGUCUUUAUCUGUCAAAAUGUAAUCUAAAUUCUGAAAUUACAGAAGAUAUUACAAAAGGAGUAAAAGAGAUGACAGCAAUUCAAAAUUUAGAUUUAUCUUUCAAUAAUUUUUCUAUGGAAAAUAAUUCAGUAAUUUUUAAAAUUGCCAAGGAAAGUUGUACAAAAAUUUCUGAAUUAAAUCUUGAAAAUUGCGGAUUUUCAAUGGCAAUUGAAAAUUCUCGUACAUUAAAUAAAGAUGAUUUUAAAGAAUUAACAAAUUUAAAUAUCUCCAAAUGUACUGUAGAGAAGGGAGCAAAAUCAAUAUUUUUCCCAAUUUCUGAGAAAAGUACUCAAUUGAUCAAAUUAAAUUGUAGCUCUUGUUCACUUUGUAAAGAAUCUACUGAACUUUUAGUAAAAAUAAUCCGAAAACAAAAACAUCUACAAGAGUUAAUAAUUUCAAAAAAUAAGUUUGAAAACAGCGUUGCGAUUCAAUUAUUUAAAGUUUUGUCAAAAUUUUGUAAAGGUUUAAUAGUAUUGGAUUUGAGAGAAUGUAAUUUUAAUUCAGAAAAUUCUACUGAAAUUGUACAUGCAUUGAAUAAUCAACCUUAUCUGGGUAGUUUGGAUAUGUCUGGAAAUAAUUUUGGUUCUUUUUUGGGUAAGGAAAUCUUUGAAGGAUUAGCUUUGCAGAAGAAUAAUUUCUAUAUGUUAUCCUUCUCGAAUUGCGGUUUUGAUGAAAGUAUUACACCUCAUUUAGUAAAUGUUUUGGAAAAUUCAUCAUUAUUACAACAUCUUGAUAUAUCUUUUAAUAAAUUAGAAGAAAAUGGUUCAAUAAUUUUUAAUCAAUUGGCCAAUAGUUGUAAAGAAUUAAUGGCUCUCAAUAUCGCAAAUUGCAGUUUUCAAAAUGAUACUGUCAACUCUAUUGUUUCAAUGUUGAAAUUAUUAAAAGAUGUAAAGCAUUUGAAGAUUUUUAAUAAAUGUUUUGACAAGCAAUCUGUCAUUAAAAUAGGAAAACAAUAUUUUAAUGGCAGUAGCGGAGCUUCCAAAACUAUAAAUCAUGGGCAUCCGGAUAUAAGAGACUCCGAUUUUGGAAUUCAUACUGUACCUUCAAUUGUAAGCUACUGGGACAGCUUUUAACUUAUUUCCCAAUAGAUAUAGGAGAAAGAAUCACAAUUUUUUACCUUUAACCCUAACCCAAAAUCACAACAGUUCAUAUAGAGUGGUUUUUAUUAUUUUAUGCUAUCCAACCUAUCCAAUCCAGUCCCGCACUAACCAAAGUUGUUUUGACGUGUUCUCUAUCUCCUUUCUCCAAAAAUUGUUGAAUCUAUAAUUAAAACCAAAAUUCACUACCAAACUUUUUCAUCUACUUUCUCUAUUAUAAUAAGUGAAAAAAUGUCUAUUGAGAUAGUGUGGUCCUGACAUCAAAUGAGCUUUACCAAUAUUAUCCAAAUAAAUUUUUGAGAAGUAUAUUAGUACCUGACUUCAAAUAUGAUAUGCCCAUACUUUAAUAUGAAAACCGAAAUCAAUCUAAAAUUUGAAAGCUGUGUUGGAUGCCUGCAAACUCUCUUAAAAAUCACCCAAUAUGCUGAUUGUAUUAUAAUGAUAAGUUAAUUGUAAAUAUAAUAAAAUGGGUAGAUGAAAGAAUUUGGUGUAAAGUGAAAUUAACUGGUAUAUAUAUUAAUAUUUUACCAGGAUCUGCAAGAUAAACAUUCCGUCCUGAUACUGUAUUUGGUGAGAAAGCAGAAUAAGGCUGUUUAUAGAAGUAGCAUACAUUUUCAGGACUAUAAUUUAUUGUUCUAUAAAUAGAUAUUUUUUACAAAAUUUAUAUUAUGAAUAUUCCUAAAAUAAAACUAACUUGUAUGGAAAGAAUUGUUUACACCACUUUUUUCAAUCAUUGAGCAUAGCUAAACCUUUAAAAA